AUUUUCGGUAUUCAACAAUUCGAGCGAAGGCAAGUGGCACGAAGAUGCUCGACUCCUCGAAAGGAGUCAUGUCUCAUGGCGAGUUGUGGGCUGAUUUUGUGACGAAACAGGUGAAAAUCGAGGUCCUAUACUCAACUGUGAAGACGCUGACUGUUCUAGUAGGAAGCGAAGGAAACGUCUACACGAGCCUGGCGCUGAAGCUAGACGACACGGAUGGAUGGGGGGUAUUAGAUUGAUAGAGGUUGAUUAGGAGAGUCGGCUUAGCUUUAGCUUUUUUUGCAAAAAAGACAGACUCGUCAUCCUGUAUGCCAUUGUGCAGCAUUCUUUUCGAACCUACCAGAAUUCCGCAGGCCAGACGAAGAACACUUGCGCGAUCAACAAAGCCGACCACGAAGAUGCUAGUACGUUGAAAGCCCUGGCCCGUGUCAACCGUGAGUGGAGCUUUGCUGGUGCGCACUUCGUCAACGAGCACGAAUGUCUAGUGUUUCGGAGUCCUUUGUCACGGAGUCGGGUGUUGAGGAUUUUCGUGGAAGACACAACAAGUUCUAGGUCUAGUAGUAGUAGUACGGCUUCAGCAACGGCUGAAGUAGGUGUCUUUCAUCCACGUCUCUGGCGUAUUGAAGUAGAAAGUCGUGACGGAACAAUCUGGCAGACUGAUGUACAUGAGCAUCUGUUACAGCAGACGUCUAGUUCUGGCACAUCAACAUCACCAGCAGAGCCAUCUUCAACAUCUUCAACAAGUGCAUCUUGGAAGUUGAAGGCAGACACGUUUGAGCCAUUAGAGCAGUGGGGAUGCAAGGACUUCGCACAAGAAGCCAAGGUUUUGCAUGAACAGGGACUGCCGUUGCCAGCUGAGCACGAAUACGAAGACACUAUAGUGGCGUCAGCGGCACAUCGAAAGAGUCUGGCACUGCUGGAUGCACAAACUGUGGCUGCAUCGACUGCAGACGAAGCUGAGGUGCCUCAGGAGACGUUUCUGAAGCUGGUUUUGUUAAGGCUGUGGUCAGUACCUACUGGCUUUAGUUUGUGACCCUGUCUCCGACUUCUCUACGGGUACUAGGAGCAGUAGACUAUCAGGGAUACACACGACACCACAGGCUUAGCAUAACAUUCUUGUUUGCCAUCUAAUCCUUGCUCUACCUGGCGAAGUCGAGAUCCUGAGUGCCACCCCUUUGCCACCAGAGUUGAAUCAUGUUGACCGAUUGGAAUUCGACUACGAGAGUACAACGCAUCGACGCUACGGCACGCGUAGAGAAGAACAAGCCGCUUAUGUCGGUUUCGUCCGCUCCACUGGGCACCUCGCAAUGAAUGUCAACGAUGGGCUUCUAGCUUUAACCGGCGACUCGCUGACCGCUGUGCCUGGAAUGGGUAAAGUCAAUGCUAGCGUUAUCCUAGACACGGCAAAAGGCCUUUCGACAGCCAAUGUGGAAUGGACGGAACCUCAAGCGGGUGCGCAAUGUCUUGUCGAAGCACUGCCUGGUCCUGGAGCAGCCGACGUCGAACGUUUGAAAGAACAAGCGCAGAUGAAAGAGAAAUUUCUACGUGCUGUGGUGCUCGAAGACGACGCGACCGAAUGCAACCUGUUCUAUCUAGAAAUGUCGAAGGGAAGGUUUUUGCACUUAUGAAGAUUUUUUUUAUCAGAACGGCUCCCUCGCGUUUGUUCGACACCACUAAAUUUUUUGAAUAAGUAGAGAGGGCUAGUGAUGUCGGGACUCGUUUCUUCUAUCGCCCUCUCUUACGGAAAAGAUCAAAAUCCUAGAAAGCCACAACAUCUAAGGCCAAUGCUAGUUACACGCAGUGGCGAGUUGGUGCGGUUGUCACUUUUCAGCUCCAGGCACCCUGACCGACCACGGGCUGUGGUGAAGUUCUCGAAUUGGAGGCGUGGGGGUGUACCUCGACCAGAACUCUUCGAAACACAGGAAGCUUGGCAUUGUCAUAAGAGUAGAGGUGGAGCUGAAGGUAGAACUAGUGGUAGUAGUGGAAUACUAAGUGAAAGUGGUGCAGCAGACGUAGGAGUAGAAGCUGUAGGUCCAAAAUUGCAUGAAAGAUCCGGUGCCUUGCGCGAUAGCAUUUUUUCGUUUUCAAAGGCCUUGGGCCAAUACCGCGUGUUUGCCAUACCGUUUCUGAGUCUACCAGGUGAGUUGGAUCUUUUGGCACAUCGGCCACCGACCUUGAGUGCAGAUGAUUUGAGCUUUUUUGAAAUGGAGUUUCAAGAAUCUGCUCAUGGCAAUCACUUGGGAAGCUCAACUGCACCUCCUAAAUUCCGUGGGCGAUUCGCGGUGAACUUCGCUCGCAAGCUGUUGUAUCUCUCAGGUCAUGAUCCAGAGUCAGGACGUGCGUUGCGAGUCACGAUGGAUGGACGACACAACAGCGGACGGAAGGGGGUAUAUUAAGGGUAUAAGUAAUUAUCAAGUUUAAGUCGUUAAUCUUCAAUUUAGUAUUCUUCCUCUUCCAGCAGCUCAUAAAUUUUACUGCGCCUUGACUUCGAAUUUGGAAUUUUACAUCCUCUAAUCUGCCAUAGAGUACCAUGCUGCACCAGGCGAAAACUAUUGCUUCGCGCAUCCUCUUUCCGAUUUUUUAGGCGAGAUCGAGAAGACAGGACAACUACAGCAAAGCAGGACCUAUUCUCUAUUGCAUUUUGCUGGUUCUGCGGAGGUUCGCGGGGAGCAGGACAGGAUGGCAGAAACCUUUGCUUGGGACUUGAAUCUGGGAAAUGCUUUUCUUGAAGGAACAGAUGGUUUUGAGGGAUUACGCAUCUACGUCGCAGCAGAGGACAGCGAUGUUAUGCGUGUAGCUUUUACAAGAGACCAGCAACUACAAAGCACCGGCUCAUCUGGGAAUACACGAAACACUAUCGAGAGAGAUGCAACUGCGACGCUAGAGCGGGAAAAAAGGCGACAGCAAGAAUCUUCUUCAAAUUCGCUCUUUCCGCAAGAGGAAAGCUAUUUUCCUGGUAGCGAAGGUACUACACCUCCUCCACCUGUCACGGAAGAACGUGGGGCCAACAAAAUGCUACAGCGAGGACCAAAUGAAUCAUCUUCGUCAGGCCAUUUCCAUGCCAAGGAAGUGUCAGCUUACAGGGUGCUAGAUAUGCGACAACAUCCUGGGAAGUUUGAUUUCCGAGUUCCAAGAACGUGCAAAGGAGCGAUAGAAGACGCGUGGGGCUUAUUGGAGUCGCCUUUGGAUGCGGUGGCGGCGCCGCGAGGGGUACUACUAUAUCCUGUGCAGCAUCAUUUUCCCUGGUACAUUUCAACAUAGAACUCAGUUCUUAUAGGUAGUUACUGAAAUAGUGACCAUCGGAUGCAGCUGCUGCUGCUGCUGCUGCUGCUCAGUUCUGUGUUUAGGAUUUGAUGCUCGAGCCAUCUUAUCUGUCUCUGGUCUUUCUGUAUUUGAACCUUUACUGACUUCGAGGUGCUUACCUCGACCCUGCGUGCCUUAGCUGGUACAAAGAGGCAGCCUCCGUUAUCUCUUGUUGGCGUGCCACUAGAAUGGCCCCGUUUAGCAGAGCACCUACGAAACUCAUGCGCAGGUGGGAAGUGCAGUAGCAAUCACGUAGAGGCUUAUAAGCAGACUUCUGAGUCGUGGUCUGAGACUCCGAGUGCUGGAUCAUCAGCAACAAGCACGACUAGCAGUAGUGCUAGAUCAUCACAUUCGAGAUCUUCAUACGAGGAGAGCAGCAAGGAUCUUGAUACUUCUAGUUCAUCACGGCAACAACCUCUCACAUCAUUGGGCGGAGGUGGAGCAGCAGCAACAGAGGCAGUUUUGCUUCCUUCGUCAUCUUUAGACCACAGGUCCCAGGAUUCCCAGACCAACGCGCUUCGCUCUUCCACAGAGGACGACGAAGAAUCUUCUCUCCCUUUGAUCGACGCGUCGGAGCACAGAGGUCCACUUGCGCCUCUGUUUCUGUCGAAAGGACCUGUGUCAUUCGAUUUCAACUCGGUGAGGAUGAGCGCGAAGCACGGCCACGAAGAGACGGACAGCGAUAUUAUGCUGGUGAUGCAGGAGGUGUACUAGUGUGACAUUUUUGACAACGUUGCACUCUAGUACAAAACGUCAUAAGUUGUAUUCUGAGCCUCUAUUUUGUUUUUCAAUCGAGAAACAUCGUCUUUGAGAAUUCAAUUCGCCACGUUGAAAGAAGAAUGUAGCCUCGUCACAAUAGGGAAAGCCUCUUGCAUGCUUCUAACACCAACGAGAACAGACACAAAUCGCGCUCACAUGGCCACGCAGCUGUGGACAUGAGGAGACGAAUUCUCUACCUCGAAAGUAGCGCUGACGCUUUACAAUCUUCCGCCACCGUUCUUCACGUCAGAUCAAAACUGCUAAUCGAAGGGCAUACAGCUUAUGCUGAACUGACGACGAAGCGCGGACAGCACUGUGUGAAAUUCGAAUUCUCGGAAUCUUCGACGACUUCUGGCGCCGAUUCGUCAGCAGAAGGAGGAUUCAAUGUGAAGACAUCAUCUUCUUUACUAGAUUUUUGGGAGGAUACAGAGUCUAGAGGCAACCCCUAUCCGAAUCUGCGUCGCUUUCGUGGGGGCUCAAGCAAUAUUCGCGCGUAUACUUAUGGGAAUGUUGUGGUGUUGUUCUUUACUUAGAAAGAUAGUGUUGAACUUCAUAGUACUAGAAAUUGAAGCUAUAACUCCAAGCAGUGUGCUUCUAGUACUUCGCAACGAGCAAGAACUUGAAGUUUCUAAAUUCUCGACAAGAAGACGCAAAGAGUAGCGUAUUUUGAAGCGACUGCUCGAGGGGUGCAUGUGGUGGUGAAGAAUUGGCGACACGGUGAGGCUGGGACGCACAUAACGCAAACAAUCCGAAGCUUCGACAAUUAUGGCAACCCGUAUAAUGAAAGAUAUCUGACAGCUUUGUCUUGCAAGUACUUAUCAGUCUCAGUUGUUCCGUUCCUUCUACUCUUCUCUCACCUUCUAAGAAAAAGCUGCCUGCAUGGUCGCGCCGGAAGCGUUCCAGCUUAAGCAUUGGCCUUUGGCUGAGCUGUUUGUUGUGCCCUAGGUGUAAGUUCUCACCUACACGCAGUUAAUUUCAUCAAAAAAAGCUUUAAAAGCUUUAGCAGAACUGAAGAUCCAAGAUUUUUGCAGAUCAACGAGACAAAGAGAGUGAGAAGAUAUUUUUACGAGACAGAUCAUGACGCUGUCAUCGAUUUUUAGAAGAAGACUCCAUGAAGCUCCUUUACAGCGGAC